AUGAAUCCCUCUACUGCUGGCACCACUCCAUCCAACGGCAACAAUGAUGUCCGUACCAUCCGAGUGAUUUUGCUGCGUCAUGGGGAGAGGGAAGACGAGGCAGAAGACUACGAUAAACACCAACGAUCGCGUCGUGAUCGAAUAGAUCCCUUCCUGACAGCCUUUGGACACCGUCAGGCGUUGAAUGCGUGGAAGCAAAUUCUUCGUGCUCUACAAGAGGUAUCUGAUGAUGAUACUAAACCCAUGCUAUUGGCCACCAGUCCUCUGCGACGAUGCAUUGGAACUGCCAUGAUGGUGGCUGCCGCACAAGCUCAAACAGAAUCAACUCUCCAGUUUGUGCUGCCGUCUCAGCAAGCUACCGGUACCCAAGAUGCUAAAAAUCCAAUCCCGCUGUUGGUCAUGAAUGGAUUGGGAGAUUGUGCGGCUCAGAUGCAGCACAUGGGUGGCAUUGGAAAAGUGAUCCAGGCGGGAUGGUUGGAUUGUGCGGCGUCGCCCUCCAAUGAUUGCAACAGCAACAACGAUACCCCUAUCAAGACCUGUCUGACGCGAAUGGCUAAAGCGGCCGCCACGGUAGCCCAAGCGGAAGCGGUCAAGGACCAAUCCAAGCAGAACCACGACGAAAUCCACACCUCGGUACCAUUGCAAUUCUGGAGAGAAUCCACGUAUUAUACCAAGGCACGCACCAAGCCACUCCAAGGUUUGGCGCCUCUCACCCACCCAAAGUCUCUGGCAGAGCAUGCCGCCACCACCAUCGGUGCUAGUGCCAAUCCAUCCACAGACGACCCCACGACGAUGCAGAGGAAUGCACCGUACUUCGAUGAACGCUGUGCUCAAGCCCUCGAACGAGCCGUGUGGCGGACGGUGCAUUCCGGUUUGGACACGUGCGUCUUGGUCACACAUCGAGAAGCCAUUCGCUUUGUCGAAGGGUAUUGGGCAUCCCAGUCACAACAACAAGUGGGACACUGUGGCGCCAAGCAUCGCAAUAUUUCACGUCAAAACAUGUCCGCCACCAAACUAUACUGUUGUGUGGGUAUUUACAGUGUCUCGGUGGACAUGACAACUCAUCGAGUGUUGGGGUGGCAAGCCAAAGGCGUCGUGCCCUAUCAAACAUUGCAAUCAUCUCAUUUGCAGCUGUGA